AAACUAUAUUCAUUAUAAUUUUUUAUUAAUUUGAAAAAUAUGAAAAAUAUAUAUUUAUGGGUACGUGUUAUCUUUUAAUUUUGUUUAUAAAAACUAAAAAAAUAAUAAAUGGAUUGCGUCCUGUCGUUGAAAAACAAGGGAGAAAAAAAAUAAAGGAAGCUUGUGGUUGCCGAUAAAAGAAAACAGCAGUUUAAAGCCCUCAUGUUUUCUCUUUUAUAUUUAUAUAGAUUCACGUGUGUUUGUCAUCUUGGAUUUCUCGCUCAAUCGUAACUGGCACAAGCCAAACAAAGAGUAAGAAAGGAGAACCAUAUAGCAAGGAAGGAGGUGGUGUGUGUCUACAUUAAAGAAGAUCGGGGUUGUCUUUGCAAGAAAGAAGAGGAAAAAAAAAAGGUUUUAAUGGAAUUGGCUUUGAGCUUGGGCGAUCCUUCAAAGUCGUUUUCAUUUCUUGACAAAACCCCAAAGUUAUCAAGCAAGGAUUUAGGGUUUUGUAUGGGGCUCAGGUUACAAGAGAAGGUGGACGCUUUUGAAGGUGAAGCUGCUACCGGAGAUGGAGAUUACAAAAGGGUUUCUUCAGAUCCACCUCAUCAGCUAGAUCUUCUUCCUUUCUCUCCAGUUCCUCGCGUCCAACCUUCUUCUCAGCUUCGUUUUCCUUGGCUCACUGAUAACGUGAUGGAAAUGGGUUCAUCGGAUGGACGGGGAAGAGGUUUAGACGUGAACCGGUUGGCGGUGGUGGCGUUGGGGGAGGAAGCAGAGGAAGGGGCGGCGCUGUCAUCUCCGAAUAGCGCAGCGUCUUCAUUCCAGGUAGAUUUCGGGUUUACAAAUGGGAGCAGCAGAGGGAAGAGGGAGGUGGAAAUGGAAACUGAAAGGGGUAGCUCAAGAGCCAGCGACGACGAUGACAAUGGUUCUACUCGGAAGAAACUCAGGCUGUCUAAAGAACAAUCUGCUUUUCUCGAAGAAAGUUUCAAAGAACACAACACUCUCAAUCCCAAGCAAAAACUUGCCUUGGCCAAGCAGUUGAACCUUCGACCUCGCCAAGUAGAAGUUUGGUUUCAGAACAGAAGAGCAAGGACAAAGUUGAAGCAAACGGAAGUGGAUUGCGAGUAUUUAAAGCGAUGUUGCGAGACACUGACAGAGGAAAACAGGAGGUUACAAAAGGAACUGCAAGAAUUAAGAGCUUUGAAAGCUUCCCAACCAUUUUACAUGCAGUUACCUGCCACCACCUUAACUAUGUGUCCUUCGUGUGAGCGUGUCGCCACUACUUCCACCACCGCCGAUGGCAAAAAUGGACUCCUACCGCUGACUAAGACUAGUGGAUAACCCCUUUUUUGUUCCCUCAAACCACGUGCCCCAGCCCCGAAGCCUACUUGUGAAACCAUUGGAUUUGACCGACCAGUCCAAAGAUGUGACCACCCUCUUUCUUUUUUUUUUUGUUAAAUAUUUUUGGCUUGGAGGGUUUUUUUUUUCUUUUAAUUUGUCUGUAGCAGUUUUCAUAUGAUGGGUGGUGGGGGGAAAAACGAGAUUUUGUGUUUUUGAUAGAUUUUGUUUUGAAUUGGGGGCGAAGAUGGGGAAGAAAUUUUGUUAGAAAGUUGCCUGUUUGUUUGAACAGAGCCUAAUGUCCUCUAAUGCUUUCCUUAUCCACUUAUUUCUUUAAAACUAAAUAAAAAUUCCAUUUAACACCUAAAAACAA